UGAUUCCACCAUGUCUUGAUACUUCUCCUUAACCUCAAGACUGGUUAUAUUUUCUGUUUCCUCAACUAAUCCAUAAUCUCACAAGCCAGGUUUGCAUCUUGCUCAUCUUUUAUCUGCUUCAGCACUGCACAAUGCCCAACACACAAGGACAGCACUGACCCAUCACUCCUCUCAGUCCCGGAUGCCGAAAUUAUUGACAGUCACUGCUCUGCAUGCUCUGAGCCCAAUUUACCUCCCCAACCCUUGCUCUGGCUCCUCGUGCUCCAUGUGGGCCCAUUGAUCUCUCUAUUCCCUAGGAAUCUGCAGAUCACUCCUACUGGGCCCUCUUUCUUCCUCUCCUCCACUCCCCGCUCUGAGAUUCCACACUUUCCUGGAAGCUCAGAUCCAAUCAGUGUCACCUCAAAGUCGCCUCAGGUUCCCUCUGAACUCUAUUACAGCAUUUACAACAAUAACUUACACAUGUAACAGACCCUCAGUUGAAAACCACCGUCAUCAGUAUUUUAUUUACCACUCACUACUCGGAACAUAGGUGUCUAAGAAGAGGACACCAGUCAGAGCGGCAGUGCUUGAGUCACUCGGCAAGUCACACCCUGCCCGCUCGGCCCUGCCAGGGAUGGAAGCCCGGCCCCUGGGCUCCCCAAUCACUAGAGGGCGCAGUGACCGCCGGCGUGCGUGCGCCAUGACGUCAUGCUCUGAGCGACUGUCUUCACUCGGGGCACCGCCCCUGCUACCGGAUUCGGUGUGAGCCUUUUAGCUCAUGCUUCAAAUCGUCCAGUAUCCCACAAUGCUUUGCCUGAUGCUUUCGCCCUCAGCCCUGCCAGCUGCAUUGCCACAGGGAGAACGUAGACACCGCCCCACAAGACGGCGGCUCAGGAGAAAGUUUGUCCCUCGGCGCGACCCGUCACUCAGAGGUCGUUGCUAGGCGCCGACGUCAGCUUCUUCACAUCUGGUUGGAUCUCAGAGGUAAGGCGGGGUUUUCUGCUGUGGGGCGCAUGCGUGCAGAAAAGGAUGGAGGAUUCGGAACCGGAACGGAAGCGGGCUCGUACCGACGAGGCGACUGCCGCAGGAAGCCGUUCCGAGGCGGAGGAUGAGGACGACGAGGACUAUGUGCCCUACGUGCCAUUGCGACAGCGCCGACAGCUGCUGCUCCAGAAGCUGCUACAGCGAAGACGCAAGGGAGCCGCGGAGGAGGAGCAGCAGGACAGUGGCAGUGACCACCGGGGAGAUGAGGACGACAUCCCUCUGGGCCCUCAGUCCAAUGUCAGCCUCCUGGAUCAGCACCAGCACCUCAAAGAGAAGGCUGAAGCCCGCAAGGAGUCUGCCAAGGAAAAGCAGCUGAAGGAAGAGGAGAAGAUCCUGGAGAGUGUGGCCGAGGGCCGAGCCUUGAUGUCAGUGAAGGAGAUGGCCAAGGGAAUCACAUAUGAUGAUCCAAUCAAAACCAGUUGGACACCUCCCCGUUAUAUCCUGAGUAUGUCUGAAGAGCGGCAUGAGCGUGUACGGAAAAAAUACCACAUCCUGGUGGAAGGAGAUGGUAUCCCACCACCCAUCAAGAGCUUCAAGGAAAUGAAAUUUCCUGCAGCCAUCCUGAGAGGCCUGAAGAAGAAGGGCAUCCACCACCCAACGCCUAUUCAGAUCCAGGGUAUCCCCACCAUUCUAUCCGGCCGUGACAUGAUAGGCAUCGCCUUCACGGGUUCAGGCAAGACGCUGGUGUUCACUUUGCCUGUCAUCAUGUUCUGCCUGGAACAAGAAAAGAGAUUACCUUUCUCCAAGCGUGAAGGGCCCUAUGGACUCAUUAUCUGUCCCUCGCGAGAGCUGGCCCGGCAGACCCACGGCAUCCUGGAGUAUUAUUGCCGCUUGCUGCAGGAGGACAGCUCACCACUCCUGCGCUGCGCACUUUGCAUCGGGGGCAUGUCUGUCAAAGAGCAGAUGGAGACUAUCCGACAUGGUGUGCACAUGAUGGUGGCCACCCCUGGGCGCCUCAUGGAUCUGCUACAAAAGAAGAUGGUCAGCCUAGACAUCUGUCGCUAUCUGGCCCUAGACGAAGCUGACCGCAUGAUUGACAUGGGUUUUGAGGGUGACAUCCGCACCAUCUUCUCCUACUUCAAGGGCCAGCGACAGACCCUACUCUUCAGUGCCACCAUGCCUAAGAAAAUACAGAACUUUGCCAAGAGUGCCCUGGUGAAGCCUGUCACGAUCAAUGUGGGACGCGCUGGGGCCGCCAGCCUAGAUGUCAUACAGGAGGUGGAAUAUGUGAAGGAGGAAGCCAAGAUGGUGUAUCUGCUCGAGUGCCUGCAGAAGACACCCCCGCCCGUGCUCAUCUUUGCAGAGAAGAAAGCAGAUGUGGAUGCCAUCCAUGAGUACCUGCUGCUUAAGGGGGUCGAGGCCGUGGCCAUCCAUGGGGGCAAAGACCAGGAGGAACGGACCAAGGCCAUCGAGGCAUUCCGGGAGGGCAAGAAGGAUGUUCUAGUGGCCACAGACGUAGCCUCCAAGGGCCUGGACUUCCCUGCCAUCCAGCACGUCAUCAAUUACGACAUGCCUGAGGAGAUUGAGAACUACGUGCACAGAAUAGGCCGCACUGGGCGCUCAGGAAACACAGGCAUCGCCACCACCUUCAUCAACAAGGCCUGCGAUGAGUCAGUGCUGAUGGACCUCAAAGCCCUGCUACUGGAGGCCAAGCAGAAGGUGCCACCUGUGUUGCAAGUGCUGCACUGUGGGGACGAGUCCAUGCUGGUCAUCGGAGAUGAACGAGGCUGUGCCUUCUGCGGGGGCCUGGGCCAUCGGAUCACUGACUGCCCCAAACUCGAGGCCAUGCAGACCAAACAGGUCAGCAACAUCGGCCGCAAGGACUACCUGGCUCACAGCUCCAUGGACUUCUAGCCGUCUGUCAUCCCUCUCCAAGAGGCCUCGGUCUGGGUUCCAGUUGCCCCCUACACGCCAGACCCUGGACAAGAAGCCAGCAUCUUCGGCCCAGCUGGCUUGGGCUAGGCUGGGCCUGGCUGCCUGCCCUCUGUGCCUCUGGAAUGACUAUGAUUGUUCCCCUUUAUCCCAGUUGCCAUUAAAGCACAAGCCUCUCUAGUCUCA